AUGGCGGCGAAUAACAAAACGAACAAGCUGGCGUUCUUGUCUAUGCCCGCGCCGGCGUCCUAUGUUGCCGGUCUUGGGCGAGGUGCAUCUGGUUUCACAACCCGCUCAGAUAUCGGGCCUGCACGAGAGGGACCCUCGGAAGAGGUUAUCGCCGAGGCCAAGCGGAAGCGGGGAGAGGAUGAAGAGGUGGACCCGGACCAGUUCCAGGACCCGGAUAACGAGUAUGGGCUGUUUGCCUCGGGGACGUACGAGGCGGACGACGAGGAGGCGGACAUGAUUUACGACUCGGUGGACCGGAACAUGGACGCGCGGCGGCGGGCUCGGAGAGAAGCCCGCGAACAAGAGGAACUCGCGAAAGCCCGCGCCGAGCGCCCGAAGCUGCAGCAGCAGUUCGCCGACCUCAAGCGCGGGCUGUCGGCCGUGACGGACGAGGAGUGGGAGAGCAUCCCGGAGGUGGGCAAUCUUACUCGCCGCAAACGUCGCAGAGAGAUAUACGACCGAACAUACGUUGUGCCCGACAGUGUCCUCGUGGGUGACCGCGCGAAGACGGAGUACGAGAACGCGCUGGACCCGGCGCAGCAGAAUAAUGGAGGGUUCGAGACGCCGUUGGAGUCUGGGACGAUGACCAAUUUCGUGGAAAUCGGUCAAGCUCGUGAUAAGAUCCUGUCAUUAAAGCUAGACCAGAUCUCUGGCACUUCAUCCAUCUCCGGCUCCGCCACCUCCGUCGACCCGAAAGGCUACCUCACCUCGCUCGAAUCCGUCGUGCUCAAGUCCGACGCGGAGAUCGGCGACAUCAAGCGCGCGCGCCAGCUCUUCGACUCGCUCGUCAAGUCGAACCCGAAGCACGCGCCCGGAUGGAUCGCUGCGGCGUGCUUGGAGGAGCACGCGGGGCGGAUGGUCGCGGCGCGGAAGCUCAUCAAGCAGGGGUGCGAGCAUUGUCCGAAGAGCGAGGACGUUUGGUUGGAGGCGGCGCGGUUGCAUAAUAACGACGAUGCGAAAGUUAUUCUCGCGAAUGCAGUCCAACAUGUAGGCCAGAGCGUGAAGAUCUGGCUCGCCGCCGCCGACUUGGAGCAUGACAUCAAGGCCAAGAAACGUGUAUUGCGCAAGGCUCUCGAACACAUACCAAACUCGGUCCGUCUAUGGAAAGAAACCGUGAACCUCGAAUCAUCUGCUGUGGACGCUCGCAUCCUCCUCUCCCGCGCCGUCGAAGUGAUCCCGACCUCCGUCGAGCUUUGGCUGGCGCUCGCACGGCUCGAGACCCCCGAGCGCGCCAAGGCCGUGCUCAACAAGGCUCGCAAGGCGAUGCCGACGUCGCACGAGAUCUGGAUCGCCGCCGGGCGCCUGCUCGAGCAGGAGGCGUACGCCGACCCGAACAAGACAGACGAGGAGCGGGCGAAGGCACUCGAGGCCGUGGACAACGCGAUCGAGCACGGCGUGAAGGCGCUGCGGAAGCACCAGGUGCUGCUCACGCGCGAGCAGUGGAUGAAGGAGGCGGAGAAGUGCGAGGAGGAGGGCAGCCCGCGGACGUGUGAGGCGAUCAUCAAGGCGACGGUCGCGAUGGAUGUGGAGGAGGAGGACCGGCUGGAUACGUGGAUUGGCGAUGCGGAUAGCGCGGAGAGUCGGGGCCGGGUGGGGACUGCGCGGGCGAUUUUGGCGUAUGCGCUCAAGGUGUUCCCGGAUAAGCGGGACUUGUGGAGGAGGGCUGCUGCGCUCGAGAAGGCCCACGGAACAAAGGAAUCUCUCGACGCCAUACUGUCUCGGGCGGUGCACCACUGCCCGCAAGCUGAGGUACUGUGGCUCAUGUGGGCUAAGGAGAAGUGGCUCGCAGGAGAUGUUCCUGCUGCCCGUGAGGUGCUCGAGAAGGCGUUCAUUGCGAACCCCGAGAGCGAGCAGAUUUGGUUGGCGGCUGUCAAGCUGGAGGCAGAAAACGGGGAAGUCGCUGUUGCGCGGGAGUUGCUCACUCGUGCCCGGACGGUCGCUGAUACCGCUAGAAUCUGGAUGAAGUCCGCCGUCUUUGAGCGUCAGCAUGGCCAAACGUCGACCGCUCUAGAGAUCCUGUCAACCGCUCUCACCAAGUUCCCGAAGUUUGCGAAGCUGUACAUGAUCCAAGGCCAGAUCCACCAGGACCAGAAGAACUUUGCAGCUGCACGUGCAUCGUAUGCUGCGGGUCUGAAGCAGUGCCCGAAGGAGGUCACGCUGUGGAUCCUCGCGAGUCGGUUAGAAGAAGCAGACGGUAAGAGUAUCAAAGCCCGGGCGCUGCUCGAGAAGGCGCGGCAGGUGAAUCCGGCGAACGAGCAGCUUUGGGCCGAGUCUGUCGGCGUCGAGGAGAGGUCAGGUGGGGCUGCGCAGGCGAAGGCGAUGUUGGCUAGAGGUUUGCAAGAAUGUCCGACGUCGGGUAUCUUGUGGUCGAUGUCUAUCUGGGCUGAGCCUCGACCAUCUCGCAAGUCGCGCUCCGUCGACGCGCUCAAGAAAUCUGCGGAUGAUCCUGUCAUUAUAUGUACCGUCGCGCGCUUAUUCUGGGCGGAGCGUAAGAUCGAGAAGGCGAGACAGUGGUUCGAGCGUGCUGUCAAGACGAACGAAGACCUGGGUGAUAUAUGGGCGUGGUGGUACAAGUUCGAGCUGCAGCACGGCACGAAGGAGCACCAGGAGGAAGUCGUCAAGAGAUGUGUCGCGGCAGAGCCUCACCACGGUCCUGUCUGGCAAGCUACCGCCAAAGACAUCAAAAACACUGGCAAGACUACCGAAGAGAUCUUGAAGCUUGUCGCCGCUGCCUUGCAUUGAUCCGUAUGUUAUCUCGAUGCUUGUUCUUGGCUGUAUCAUUAUGCAGUGAAUCUUAUGAAUUCUGUCCUUGUUUGUUGUACUGUUGCCACGAUAUGCUAUCAGGUUUGCCACCAAUACUACUGUGUUCACGUGCUGGGCGACUUAGG